AUGAUUAACAAAACCAUUAAAUCUCUUCCAAUUACAGAGCUUAUACAGCGUGAUCUGGUGGCGGUACAGGCAGAAGUGCCUAGUACUAGGGGGACGAGAAUAAUAGUUUUUGCAUCUCUGUACCUCCCUGGCGACGCAGAGGAAGCGGUGUCUCUCGAGCUCCAGCAGCUUACAGAAUACUGCCGUAUCCGAAACCUACAGUGGGUAAUGUGCUGCGACGCCAACGCACACCAUACAGUAUGGGGAAGCACAGACAUCAAUACACGAGGUGAGUCACUUUUUGAUUAUAUCACAACUAACAAUUUAAUGGUAGUUAAUAAAGGUAACGAACCUACUUUUGUAAAUGCGAUAAGGGAAGAGGUAUUAGAUCUCACUUUAGCAAGUACAUUUAUAUCAAAUAACAUUUCAAAUUGGAGGGUGUUAGAGGAGAACUCCUUAUCAGAUCACAAAUAUAUACGCUUUGAUUUGGAAGGGGAAGUUGAAGACACUUUCGAAAUAAGAAAUGUUAGGAAGACCAACUGGUCUCUAUAUAACUUCUAUUUAGAACAAAACAUUAGUUGUCUUGGGAAUAGGAUUACUAAUUGUCAGGAACUAAAUCUUGAGGUUAACAAACUAGAAAAUAUUAUUACAGGGGCUUUUGAAAAUAGCUGCGAACUUAUCAAAAAGAAACGUUCUAGGAACGUCCCAUGGUGGAAUAGGGAACUAGAUAUUUUACGCAAAAAAGCCCGCCAGCUCCUUAAUAGAGCCAAGUCCAAUGGGGACUGGGCAUCUUACAAGUGUGCCUUAACGGCUUACAAUAGGGAAUUGAGGAAAUCAAAGAGGGAAUCAUGGAGGAGGCACUGCGAGGAGAUUGAAACACUUCCUGCGGCUGCGAGACUCCAGAAAUCUCUAAAUAAAGACCACUCAAAUAGCCUCUCUACAUUAAAGAAGGCUGACGGAAGCAUUACGGUAAGUCUGGAAGAAACGGGACAGCUUUUGCUGGACACUCAUUUUCCAGGCUGCGCCAUGUAUACUGAGACUACGGAAACCAUCGAGGAUACUCGUUUCUUAUUGGUUACACGAAGAGAUCUUUCACUGGCCCGUAAAAUCUUUACAGUCAAUAAAACUAAAUGGGCCAUUUCCACUUUCAGCCCGUUUAAAUCACCUGGUAUCGAUAAUAUACAACCGUGCCUUCUUCAGAAACGCGUUGAUAUAUUAGCACCGAUAUUAACAAACUUAUUUAGGAUAAGUCUAGAAUUAGGCGUAAUACCUAAACAUUGGACGAAGGCUAGGGUAGCUUUCAUACCGAAAGCAGGCAAAAAGGCGGACCACACGCCAAAAGCUUUUCGGCCCAUUAGCCUUACUUCUUUCCUGCUUAAAGCAAUGGAGAAGAUUCUAGAUCAAUACAUCAGGGAAGUCUAUAUUAAAACUUCACCUCUACAUAUUGAACAAAUCGAUCGUUGGCUUGUACCAAUCUCUCAAGAUAGCUCUGCAAAGAAAUCAAAAUCGAAAUCAAAAAAACUAAAGGAUUGCCUCUGGAUACCGUAUCAAUUCACACCCGCUUAUAUGAAAAAUAACCAAGUAUUCGUUUCGUACCUCUUCGUAUAUAUUGCAGUCAACUUAUGUCUCUUCAUCUCACGUGCCAUUCAAUAUCGAGCCAGUAAUGGAUUUGUCAUUAUAGCCAGAGCCUGCGGUCAGUGUCUUAACUUUAACUGUGCGUGGGUGCUCGUACUUAUGUUACGACAUUCCCUUACCUAUCUACGUUCGCACGGUUUAUCAACAUAUCUGCCACUAGAUCAUCACAUAUAUCUGCAUAAACUGACAGGCAUAGUCAUCUCGAUUCUAAGCCUGAUACAUACUUUAAUGCAUUUAUUUAAUUUUACAAUAAUUGUAGUAAAUGAUGAAAGAAUAAAUGCUGGGCACUAUACAAUAAUCGAAUGGUUAUUAACGGAUCGGCCGGGUUUAUUUGGUCUAAUACCAGGUUGCGCGAACCCUACUGGAGUAGCUCUAUUUGUUAUUUUGCUAAUAAUGUUCAUAUGCUCCCAGCCGUUCGUGCGGCGCAAGGGCUCAUUUGAAAUAUUUUAUUGGACCCAUCUUCUCUAUAUACCGUUUUGGAUAUUAACUCUUUUUCAUGGACCAAACUUUUGGAAGUGGUUUUUAGUGCCUGGCCUUGUUUACAUAGUUGAACGUAUACUUCGCUAUGUAUGGAUGCGAGGUGAACAUGGCAAGACGUACAUAAGUUCUGGUCUAUUAUUGCCAUCGAAAGUUAUACACUUGGUCAUUAAGAGACCUUUCAACUUUAAUUUUCGUCCUGGUGAUUAUGUGUUUGUGAAUAUACCAGCUAUUGCUAAUUAUGAAUGGCAUCCAUUUACUAUAAGCUCUGCACCUGAACAAGAAGAUUAUAUGUGGUUGCAUAUACGAACCGCAGGUGAAUGGACCAAUCGUUUGUAUCAGUAUUUUGAAAAAGAGCAACAUCGUUUACAUCAAGGGGGAGAUGUACCACAUUUGCAGGCAAUUGCAACAAGUUUCUGUCAAGUAAAUGAAACUAACACCAAUGCAAUUAUGUCCUCAACACCACAAACUGAUUUUCUUGCACAAAAUCUAGCAAAAAUACAACAGUCAUCAGCAUAUGUUGAUGUGCCCAUACGACCACCAAGAAAAAAUUUUACACCAUCGAAAUUAGCCACAGAGAGUCACACUAAUGCGUCUCACAGUAAUGGAAACUCUAACGCACCCAUUAACCGUAUACAAAGUAUUAAACGCACAUUGCAACGCACUUUCUCUCGCAAGGAUUCACAGGCAAGGCGUUCAACAGGAGUUUCGAAUGAAGCUUUUAUUGCAGAUGAGUAUGAUACCUAUGGAAAACCAAUAGAUCUUACUCGACGACGAAUUUUAACAGAUAAGAAACUACAAAAUCUUAACUAUAAACCACCUUUAGAAAAAAGUAUAUCCCUUCCUGAUAUUGAAGUGAAGUCUAAGAAAAGAGCACGUCUAAAAGCGAUACGUGCCUUAGGGCGUUCGGAAUCUGAACGAUCAUUUGAUGAAACACGUUUAAGACGUGCACGUUGUCAAAGUGUAGGUUUGGCCUACCUCAGUCCACAAAAUAAAUCCUUAGCGCAAAGUUUUCGUUAUAUGCGUAAUAAACCUACUAUAAUUGCCUUCAAAACUCCAAGCAUGGAAAACUGUGAUCCACAAGCAAAAAUGGCUGAAAGCAAUCCAGUUCCAUACUCCAUAAUGGCUGCUGAGGAAGGAAAAGUGCAAGCAGCAAACACUUCACAUUCACAACAAACCACUGAUUUAGAAGUAGCGAAGAGUACAGAUUAUCAAGCUGCGAAACCUCUGGAGGAUUCUUACUCUGCGACUACUAAAACCCGACGUUUGCGUAGACCUACUUUUUUGCGUACACUGUCAACAUCUAUAAAGAAUCGUGGCUGUAAUGGCAGCUUACCCACACAUGGUUCCACUAACUCUGGGAAGGUUACACUAGAUGCAGGCGUUUUAGAGAUAUUCAUUGAUGGACCUUAUGGAGCACCAUCAAGUCAUAUAUUUGGUGCACAACAUGCUGUACUUAUCGCUACAGGUAUUGGUGUCACGCCGUUUGCAUCAAUUUUGCAAUCCAUAAUGCAUCGUUAUUGGAAAGCAAGACAUACAUGCCCACGUUGCAACCAUGAAUGGGCCAGUGAUAUACCCAAAACUGUGAUGAACCUUAGAAAAGUAGAUUUCUUUUGGAUUAAUCGUAAUCAGCGAUCAUUUGAAUGGUUUGUUAAUUUACUUUCACAGUUAGAAAUUGAACAAGCUGAACUAGGACACGCCAUGGAAAGAUUUCUCGAUAUGCAUAUGUAUAUAACAAGCGCACUACAACGAACGGAUAUGAAGGCUGUGGGCUUGCAACUAGCUUUGGAUUUACUUCACGAAAAGGGAAAACGCGAUCUUAUAACAGGACUCAAAACACGAACAAAUGCUGGUCGCCCUAAUUGGGAUAAAGUCUUCAAGCAGCUGCAAGCGCAAAAGAAGGGCAAAGUCACUGUUUUCUAUUGUGGACCACCUCAACUGGCGAAAACUUUACGUUUCAAAUGCGAUGAAUAUGGAUUUGCAUUCCGAAAAGAAUGUUUUUAAAUUCCGAAAGAAAUUUAUUUGAAU